AUGGCUCUGCAAUGGGUGAUUCUGACAUACGUGGUGGCAGCGGAGGCAGCGGUCGCAAUUCUUUUGACUCUGCCAUCGCCAAAGGCUUUGAAAUCUAGCAUUGUAUCACUUAUCUCACUUAUUCUCCAUCCUUUACUCUUUAUCAUACCAUUCGCCGCUUUUCAGCUCCUGGAUAUAUACUGGAAGAAUGAGCAUCGAUUGAUGUGCACUGGGGAGAUCUGCACUGCUGCUGAGAGGGAUCGCUAUGAGAAAUCGAUCUACAAGGCUCAGAGGAACGCUGUUCUAUGUAUUGCUGCAUGCCUCCUUUACUGGUGUUUUCAGACGGUGAGUUCUUUGGUUGGGGCAGGGUGUGUUCCGGCUUGGGGUGGCUUUGUGGUCGGUGCAGGCGUGACCUGUUCACGGCCUGUUUUGUCCGUCCAGUUGCUUUCGCCGGGAUUUAUCUGGCUCCAGGAUUGGUCCUUGUUGUCUUCCUUUUCGCUCACUGCCGGAUUUAGGUCGUGGCUUCGGUUGGAAUAG